GACACAGAGAGAGGGAGAGAGAAGGAGAGAGCCGCGCCAGCGCAGAGAGGCACGGAGACGGAGCAGGGAGCGAAGCGGCUUCUACAUCUGGGGGGGAGAUUAAAACAACUUCCAUUUAAAUAUAUAUAUUUUUUAAAUCGCAACAUAGUGGUGGGAAAAUUGACGGCGCUUGUGCUCUUCUGCACGGACAUAAAAUGAAAGGGUUACCUGGCUGCAUGGAUUUUAAAUCUUAUAUUACACCGCUGCGACUUUGACUCAAGAGUUGCGCAGGCACAGUCUGUAUGAGUUGUCUGUUGGAGGAAUUUGAGGCACCCCGGAUCAAACUUGAGCUGGACAUCCAGGAACCAGUCAGGGAGUAAGCUAAACCACCAACCCACUGCUCUCACUGCAUGCAGGACACAUUAGCACCACUAUCACCAUGGAGCCAGAAUGUUACUACAAUGAGACCAUCACCUUCUUUUACAACCUCAGCGGCAAACCUCUUGCUACUACCUGGGACACCUACAGCCGGCUGGUGAUGGGCCUUGGCAUCACUGUGUGCAUUUUCAUCAUGCUCGCCAACCUUCUGGUAAUGAUCGCCAUCUACGUCAACAGGAGAUUCCACUUCCCCAUUUACUACCUGAUGGCCAACCUGGCAGCUGCUGACUUCUUUGCUGGAUUGGCUUACUUCUACUUGAUGUUCAACACGGGACCAAACACAAGACGUCUGACUGUUUCAACAUGGCUGCUGCGUCAAGGCUUGAUUGACACCAGCCUUACCGCGUCUGUGGCCAACCUGCUUGCCAUUGCCAUUGAACGCCACAUCACUGUGUUCCGCAUGCAGCUACACACACGUAUGAGCAACCGACGCGUGGUGGUGGUGAUUGUCAUUAUCUGGACUAUGUCCAUAGUCAUGGGAGCGAUACCUAGCGUAGGCUGGAACUGUAUCUGUAGCAUAAAGUCUUGCUCGAACAUGGCACCUCUCUACAGCAACUCUUACCUGGUCUUCUGGGCAGUGUUUAACCUUGUGACUUUUGUGGUCAUGGUGACACUGUAUGCCCACAUCUUUAUGUAUGUGCGGCAGAGAACCAUGAGGAUGUCGCGGCACAGCUCUGGACCACGACGCAACCGGGAUACCAUGAUGUCUCUGCUGAAGACUGUGGUCAUUGUGUUGGGUGCAUUCAUCAUUUGCUGGACCCCUGGUCUGGUCAUCCUCCUCCUUGAUGUUUUCUGCGCCAGUUGCAACGUGCUCACCUACGAAAAGUUCUUCCUGCUACUCGCUGAGUUCAACUCAGCCAUGAACCCCAUCAUCUACUCCUACCGUGACAAGGAGAUGAGCGCGACCUUCAGGCAGAUCCUGUGCUGCCAACGGCAGGAGAACGUGAACGGGGUGACCGCAGAGGGAUCUGACCGGUCUGCGUCGUCCACCAACCACACGGUGCUGACUGGCAGUACCAUGCACCACCAUCACCACCACAAUGAACACUCGGUGGUGUAAAAAAAAAAAAAAAUGCCCAAAGUCUCGGAGAUGACUCCAUCUUGAAGGGAUAAUUCUCUAAUGGAGAUACUGACUGAGAGAAGGUAAAUGGGUGGAUGUCAAGAAGAAGAUGGCAACUAUGAUGAAAGAUGAAAAGACUCGAUCUGUUUGGAGACAGAACAGACGAGGACUCUGAUAGGCUGUUAUUAUUUUGUUUUGUUAAUUUCCAUUUGUAUUAAAUGUGUUGUUACAGGCAAAGAUGAUAUGAACUAUUUAAAAGUAAUCUGUGAAAUAAGAUAAUGCCAGUAUAACCCAUCCUCUUUAUCUAAUUGUCCUAACUAAGUAUCCGGUAGGUUUCAUGCUAUUGCUCCUCUAGUGCCCCAUCAUUAAGAAAAACAUCAAACUUAACAUCAUAUAUAUAUGUUAUUGUUGGCUACCAGUGUAUUUCUUUCAUUUUAAAGACUCACCUGACCCCAGAUUCACAACAUCAUGCUUUAAUUUUCCACUUAUUUUUAUCAGGCAGAAGCUUUAACUUUACAGUGAUGAUGUGUAGGAUCAAGGCAUGACUGUGUUAUACCAAUGUUAUAUAUUUCAAAAGGUGUCAUCCAAAGUGAAAAUCCAAUUCAAUAUCCUGCCUAUAUUAACUUUUUUUUUUUUUUUUAGAUGGUUUGCAAUCUAAAACACUGGUUUAAUCCAUUAUGGAGUCAACAUAAUGUUUAAAUAGGCUCAACAAUUAUCCUUUUCUGCUGUAGAGUCGUCAUUCAUUGUUUAAAGACAAGUACUCUUAGAAACUACAACCAGGUUUGGGGAUUUAUUAUUCUACCACCCACCCUUUCUUAUUAACAUGCUUUUGUGAAUCCAUGCCAGCAGGUUAUUGCUUCCAUCCAGUUCAAAUAAAGUAAGGAUCCAAUGAUUGCCACAAAUCCUGGGUUGUUUAUUCCCACUCAGGAUUCAAAGACAAGUUGUUCUAGGGAAAGGAGGAGUACAGUUAAGUGAAGACAAGAUGAGAGUCAUGUUUGGUGCAUGUAUAAAGACUUCGUAUUAUGGCAUGAAAUGCGCUGAACAAACUGCCUCUCACUGUAUAGCUAGAUACCCGAGGCUGACCUCGGGGACAAAGGGGGACUCGUGGAAGUGAAUGUAAAUGUACUAACAGAGUUAGCUCCAAAUUGCCUUCUGGUGCCUUGAGUAUAGGUUUUGUAACUAGUAAAACUGCAAAUAAUAACAAAAUAUCAAAAAGAAAACAAAACAGGUUUUUUUUCUGGCAGAGUGCAUGAACAAGAAGAUAAAAUGGGUUAUAGAAUGACAUUCUCUGUUUUUUUUUUAUUGAUACAGUGUAAGCAGUUUUGACUGAAAGCCUUCAUCCACUCUAUUUUUACCAUCUAUGCCUAUCUCACUUCUGAUGAAUUUAUACCAAGUGGUGCAGAGAAAAAGCAAAAAUGGCUGGUUAAAACCUGGACCAUCACAUGACUGAUUCUGCAGCCAUGCCAGCCACUGUGUCAGCCUCUAAGGCCCAGCAGUGCUAUGAGUAUGUUAUUAGGAUUGCUAAUGACUCACAACAUAACUUUGAUCAUGCUUUGCAGUUUUGUUGUGAAAAACAAAGCCAGAUUCCCCAAAGGUUUGCGCUUUCAGAACAGUUUGGAAUUUGUAAGUGGUUCAUGAAAAGCAGUGUUAGUCUUUUUUUUGUUUUUUCUUUCACCUCCAUUAGCAAAUCUACAUUUGUUUCAGUUACUGUUCUUUAGAGAACUGAUGAACUGAAACACCACAGCCUUUAAAGUGCACUAAGUUUUAGCAAACACUGCAGAAUCUGAAUGACAUGGACAGAUUUUUGCUUGUUGUAACACUGUUAUCGGUGAUAUGAAGUAACGCAGAUAUCCAACCAAAAUAUGUUUUAUGGUUGAUGCUUUACAACAAUGUAAGUAUUUCUGGUUAGUAAGUAUUAUUUAAAGGUGUACUGACAACAAUGACAAAUUAAAGUUUGCUCUUAUUUUAAUCCCUUAGGGUGCCUUUGUAACGGACUGACCUUCGAGCCAGACUUGAGCCAAUGCAGUGUCGAAUGGUGUAAUAUUUCCACAAGUGCUCUCAUUGACUUGAGAAUUUGCGCCAGCUGAAAUCCAGCAUGGCGAUGCUAUGAUGUACAUUGUUAAAAAUUGCAAACUGAAUGUUUUGAAUCCAAACACAUUUUGGCCAAAAUACAUAGACAACGCUCCCAACAACUGACAGCAGAGUGAGAAUCACUGCCAAAAGUACAGUCAGAUGUUUUCCAGGAAGCCAGAUGUUUUUCAGGAAUUUCAGCUGCAAUGUUAACAUGAAGUCAGCUGGCAUCUUUGCCGAAUGUUUGGCCUAUUAAUCAGGUAAUUUAUUUUGGUUUAGAUUAUUGACUUAAGCUUUUUUUUUUUUCACCAUUACUCUUGCAACACUUACUUUUAUUUCUGCUGCACGUGUAAGAUAAAGCACAGUGGUCAAGGGCACCUUAGUCACCAAUGUGAUUGAUAAUUAUCCUUACUGUGUUGGUGCUUUUUUUUAUCUCUAGCUGUGCUUCAACUUUGCAAAAUGAGAAAAAAAUUCUUAGGAUCCAAUCUCCCAUAUAACAAAUUUGUUGUCUUAAAUUUAUCCAACUUUCACAAGUCAUAAGAAUCUUGACCAGAUUUUGUCAGUAUAUGGAUCUGGAUACAACCCUCCAUAUUUGACAUUCACUGUAACUUUUUUUAAGCAUUAUUUCAGGUUAUUAUAUCAAACCAACUAAACUUUCUAUAAGUUUGUUUACCAGUGUGUCACUCUUUGUGUAUCUUUGUAAGUAUGUGUGUACAAUAUGUAUAUAUAAAAUAUAUUAUGCAAAGUUAAUCACCAAAGGGAAACGUGUUUUGUGCCUGUAAAUUUUACUGUUAUAUUCUGUCCAGAUGUACUGUAGGCUUCUCUGUAUGUUUUUUUUUUUUAAUGUAAUGUGUAUUGUGUCUUAAAUAAUGACUUUCCUGUAAACAUUAUUACAGUAACAUUAACUUGUUUGUGAUGAAAAAAUUCCAUAUCUAUGAGUGCAGUGCCUUUCAGUUCUCCUCCAUAUAAAAUCAAUUAACAGCAGAAAAGCAGUGAUUCACCGUCCUCUGGUUGAAAGUUUCAAGCUUAUAACAUCCCCAGUCACACCCAGCAGUUUUUAGCCACAACCACACCCACCAAUGCUGUCAGUGUGCAUUUGUGCAUCACUGCAGCAAUAUGAGAUUAGUUUAAAAAAAAAAGAUUUCAAGUGAUGUUAUGUUACUUUUUAAGCUUGUGUGUCGCUAAUGCAGCGAUCUCGUGUUUAACAAGGCCAGUGUGUAGGAUUUAGUGGCAUCUAGAGGUGAGGUUGGAGCAAGCAGCUCAUACAGAUUGUAGCUAACAGCAUACCCAAUCAAACUUUAACCUCUGCGAAAAUUAAGAUGUCAAGAAGCAGUAUUGAUGCCACCUCAGUGUUGAAAUGUAAAAAGUGCUGUCUUGUGCCAGUGUUGAGUUUGGUCUAAAUUACAUAGAUUCGAAGGGCUCAUACUAAGCUAACCAAAAUGCUUUGUAGUUGAAGGUAAAAUUACAUUCCAUCUACUAGAUCCAGAUAAAUCCUAGAUACUGGUCCUAGAAAGUUUUUUUUUUUUUU